ACUUACUGCCAACAUUAUUUGAGCUUUUGAGAUAUUAAUCAGCUGCUCCGGGUUGUAAGAAACAACCCCAUUGCCAUAAUUAUAUUAUGAUUUUUGUAGAACUAUUUUCUCAUUGUAGAAGACUGUCAAAAAAAAAAGGUUAAGAAGAACACCCUUGCCAUGUACAAUGAGUACUAAAAGUUGUCUUCCCAUCAAGCAUAGGUAUGUUACACAGUAGAGUACAGGACCUGAUGCCCCUGUGACCUGAUCUUAGAUGAACCAUUGACAUGAAGGCAUGUGCAUUAUUUUUCAGAAUACUUUGUAAAAAAUCCUAGUUUUAUUCAUUUUGGGUUUAAGCCAUGUUUGAGCCAGAUGUCAGCCUAUGACCACUAAUCAAAUUGAAAUAACUGUAAGCAACCUCUUGCUGUUAGAAAUUUUUUCAAGUCAUAUGAACACAUUUCAUAUAAGUCAUGAAACAUAAGAAUAUGAAAAAUUAUUUUUCAUAUUCAAUAUCAUGGUGUUCAAACACCUACCUAAAGUAGUUACAAAACCAAUUUUUCUUUCCUACCUGACACAGUCAGAUGUGACAUGACUUUAAAGUUACGAGUGGCAAAAGGGCAAGAUGAAUAGUAACAAUUCAUUUAUAGAGGACUGGGUCUAAAUCUCUUUUCAGUCAUCUCUUUACAAAAUUAGAAGACAAAAGAUGGUGUAACAAUAUAGAAAAGUUAUGUACUGUUCAUAUUAGACCCACCACAGAGUAAGCCAGAGAACCAGGUUUAUGUUGACACAGUGUACAUGAGUGGAGUUCAAUAAAUGCUGACCCUGUUGGGCCAGGGUAAAGAUUAUGGACUAGUUUUAUUAAAAUAUCAAACUUAAACGUGAUGGCAGCAGCUGUAGAUUAUUGUCCAAAUUUGGAGUGGAUUGGGGAGUGGAGGGGACUGUGGCUCAGUAGGAAGAAUAGUCAUCUUGCAAUCAGAAGGUUGUGGGUUCGAUUUCAGCUUCUUCCUGCCAUAUGUCGAUGUGUGUACUGAAUGUGAAAGUGAAUAUAUGGACAUACUGUGUGUUAGAUAUUUGAGAGAAAGUAAAAAAACAUGGACUCUUAACUGUACAUAAUCAAAGGCCUGAAGGAACCUUUCUGGAAUUUUUAAAAUAAAUCACAACCUAAUUCCAGCUUAGCCCAAAAUAGGUUGAGUUAUAGCUGACUCCCCGUGACGUCAUUCAGUCUGAACCAUAGACAUGUAUACGUAGACACCGCAUUGAGCGCUAGAUCGAUCGUCAAUGUCACCACCAUAUUGAAUGUGGCAGAGAGGAAAAGAUGCCUCAUUCGUGUGCUGCAUGAAAAUGUACCAACCGCUUUAGAGUACAAACCAGAUGUGCUGGCAUUAACUUUCACAGGUUUCCCAAAGAUAAAGCUCUAAGAAAGCAAUGGAAAACAGCAGUGCGAAGGGAAGGGUUUUCUGCUAGUCCUUUUUCCAUGCUCUGCUGUGAGCAUUUUAGACUGGAGGACUUUGACAGGAUAGGCCAGACAGUCAGAAUCAGAGAUGGAGCUGUUCCUUCAGUCAUUACUAUGUUUAUAGGAUACUAUAAUUAAAUUCCACAUGAUCUAGAGGAAUCGAUGAUGUAUUAUGUAAUACUGUUGGGACCUCAGCCAUGAGUUACAACACUAAAGGCCAGUUAGAACUUAUCUGGAACUUUCAAAAUAAAUCGCAUUUGCCUACUUUCAGAUCAGGAAGAGGAGGAGUUGGAGCUGAACAAAAACACCUUGCUCCAACAUGGCAACCUCUUUCCAUGCGGAUCUCGGAAGGGAACCGGCAGGAGAGGUAAGACGCUCGAAUAUCUCCUUGCUGGCAAGCAGACAUGACCCUUUAACUUGGAUUCUGUGGAAAUAUAUUAUGUGUGUGCAUCAUUAUUAUUACUAUGUUCAUAACCAGUGUGGGAAAUAAAAUGUGUAACGUGUUAGUAUAAGACAUUGUGUGGCCUGCAGAA